AUGGAGGAGGACUGUUGCUCGACGCAAUUGAUCGACGGCGACGGACGGUUUAACGUCGCCGGUUUGGAUAAUUUCAUCAAGACGACGAAGUUCGCUCAGUGCGGUUUAUCUUACGCCGUCGUUGCGAUCAUGGGGCCUCAGAGCAGCGGGAAGAGCACUUUGUUAAAUCAUUUGUUCUAUACCAACUUCCGGGAGAUGGUCGCCAUUGUAGGAAGAAGUCAAACCACAAAGGGUAUUUGGAUGGCGAAGGGAAUUGGUCUCGACCCGUUUACAAUAGUGAUGGAUUUAGAAGGCACUGAUAGUCGUGAAAGGGGUGAGGUGGACGAUGCAACAUUUGAAAAGCAGAGUGCCUUGUUUGCGUUGGCAAUUGCUGAUGUUGUUAUCAUUAACAUGUGGUGCCAUGACAUUGGUCGAGAGCAUGCCGCCAAUAAACCACUUUUGAAAACAGUGUUUCAGGUUAUGAUGCGGUUGUUUAGUCCACGCAAAACAACUCUUUUAUUUGUGAUACGUGAUAAAACUAAGACUCCUUUUGAACUUUUGGAACCUGUACUGAGGGAAGACAUACAAAAGAUUUGGGAUACAGUUCCUAAACCCGUGGAGCACAAGGACACCCCUCUCAGUGAUUUUUUCAAAGUGGAAGCCACUGCCUUGUCCAGCUUUGAAGAGAAAGAAGAACAAUUCAAAGAUGAGGUUGCUCAACUAAGACGGCGAUUUUUCCAUUCUAUAUCUCCAGGGGGAAUUGCGGGUGAUAGACAAGUUGUAGUUCCUGCCACUGGGUUUUCUUUUAGUGCACAACAUAUAUGGAAAGUUAUCAAAGAAAAUAGGGACCUUAACCUCCCAGCUCACAAGGUCAUGGUUGCAAAAGUACGCUGUGAGGAGAUUGCCCAUGAGAAGUGUAGUCAAUUAGCAUCUGAUGAGGGUUGGUUGGCUUUGGAGCAAGCUUCCCUUGCCGGUUUAGUUCCUGGUUUUGGAAAGAAGGUUAGCUCAAUCUUGGAAGCUUGUCUUUCUGAGUAUGACAAAGAGGCUGCCUUGUUUGAUGAAGGUGUCAGAGAUGAACUACGUCAACUAUUGAAGACAAAAGCUUUGCAGUUGGUCCAUCCUGCUUAUGUUACUCAAUUGGGACACUUGCGUCAUCAUGCCCUUGAAUGUUUCAAGACUAAACUUGAACAAGCACUGAAUAAAGGUGAAGGGUUUGCAGCAUCUGUUGAUAACUGUAUGCGGUUAAGCAUGCUCGAGUUUGACAGGGGACUUUCAGAUGCUGCUAUAAAACAAGCUGAUUGGGACGAAUCUAAAAUUCGUGUGAAGCUUCAGCAUGACAUUGAGGAUCAUGCGUCCUCCAUUCGUAGUGAGAAGUUGGCACAACUGAUUGCUAAAUUUGAGAAACAACUUACUUCAGCAAUUAGUGGACCUGUGGAGUCUCUUUUUGAAGCUGGUCAUGAAGACUCAUGGUUGCAGAUAAGGAAGCUUUUAGAACGUGAAGCUGAUGUCUUUUUGUCAGGCCUUUCGGCUGCUGUUGCUGGUUUUGAAUUGGACAGCAAAACAUUUGAUCAAAUGAUUCUCAAUAUGAGAAACUACGCCAGAAGUGUGGUAGCUAAGAGAGCUAAAGAGGAAGCUGAUCAAGUUCUACUUCGCAUGAAGGAGAAGUUUAUCACUGUCUUCAACCAUGAUAAGGAUGGCAUGCCAAGGGUAUGGACAGGGAAGGAGGACAUCAAAUCCAUCACAUAUGAGGCCCGUUUGGCGUCUAUUCGUAUCUUGUCAAUGUUGGCUGCCAUACGAUUGGAUGAUAAACCAGAUAAUAUAGAGAGCUCAAUCAUAUCUUCUCUCAUUGAUGGAAAAGAAGUCGUUUCCUCUCAUGGUCGCAAAGCUGGAUUUUCGUGGGAUCCCCUUGCUUCAAACUCAUGGGAAGGGGUUUCUCCAGAGAACACAUUGAUCACCCCAAUGAAGUGCAAGUAUCUCUGGAAACGUUUUAAUUCGGAAACAGAAUACAUAAUUGCUCAAGCUAUUUCAGUACAGGAGGCAAACAAACGUAACAAUAAUUGGCUACCUCCUACUUGGGCUAUAGUGGCAAUGAUUGUCCUUGGGUUCAAUGAAUUUAUGCUUCUUUUGAGGAAUCCUCUUUACAUUUUUAUCUUGUUUGUGUUAUUGGUCUUGGGAAGAGCCUUUUGGCUACAAAUGGACAUUCCAGGGGAGUUUCGAAAUGGCAGUCUGGCUGGAUUUAUUUCCCUUGCUUCAAGGUUCCUUCCUGCGGUUAUGAAUGUUCUAAGUCGACUUGCUGCUGCAGCUCAAGGGCAUUCAGCUUAUGAGACACCUGCAGUUCUUACUUCUCAGAGUUAUAGAAGUCAAACGUCGACACCAACCUUAAUGUCAGGUUCAACUCUGGAUACGUCUGUUUCAUCCACCGUCUCGCAUGAGAGUAGUAGUUCUGGAUACACAAGCCCUCAGCUCGAUCAUAGAACGGCGAGAAAUGUGGAAUAUGAAGAAGCCUCACAGUCCGAUAGAUAG